ACUGAGCUACACAGGGCCUUUCCCCACUAAUGGUUAAGGUUAGAAUUGCGGCAGGGGAAGCUGAUCCUAGAUCUUUACCUACAGGCAACUUCCCCCCAGACCUAGUGGAUCUGCUGGGGUGACUGACCCCUCUCUGUAACGCCCUGCUGGUGUGGGGGUACAUCCGCUACUGGCCCUGCUGCCUGGGUGACAUCUGAAUCUGGAGCCGCUUUGUGAUAACUGCGGGGUGAAGUUGCCCUAGGCACAGAUCUAGGAUCAGCUUGAAUGCCCCCCCAAAGUCCUAACCUUAACCAUUUGAGGGGAAAGCGAGCCACUGACCCAAUGGAAACCCAGUGUCUAGGGCCAACCUCACCCUACUUCAGGCCUCUGAGAUCACUGACCCAAUGGAAACCCAGUGUCUAGGGCCAACCUCACCCUACUUCAGGCCUCUGAGAUCUGGUCAUGGAAAGGAGACUAGGAGAGGAAGCGACCUCAGACUAUUGAGAUGCUGUUCCAACCAGAGAGUUUAUUGUUAUUGCCAAAGUCCCAUCUCAGGCAGGUGUCAGUCAUCAAAGGAGAAACCUUACUUACCUCUUCCAUAUGCUGUGAACAUAAGGUCACAGUUUCUGUUUGUAGGAUUUUAAAAUUCAUUUUAUCCAACUUUUAUCCAUUAAAAUGCAGCCUUAACCGUCCGAUGGGCCAUAGAUGUAGAGAAUGGAUGUUAGUCUUAGAAGUGGUGAUUUUGUUAUUAGGUCUACAACCCAUCUCCUGAUCCAUCGUAUUUUAUUCCCGCUUUAGCCUUGGCUAGAUAUUACAUUAGAAUAUUCCAAUGCGUUAGCUGCGUGUCCUUUGGACAGGGUCAUGUUUGCGAGUGCUUUCCCGGUAAAGCAGCAGACACUUGAUUUUCCCCGAGUCUCAGUUUUUCCUCGUUUGUCAGCGUUAUCUGUGUGGCAGUAUUGUUUUUUUUCCCCCUGUGUGGUAUUAAAUUGUACAUUGCUUUUUUUGGAGUGGAGAAAUUGUCGGAGAAAAUAAUGCAUAUUUUAAACAAAUAAAACAAUUGUUUCAUAAGAACUGUUAUUUUUUGUCACACACAUUUGGUUGAUUUAUGUUUUUCUUUACAAAACCAUGUUAUUUGUCAAAUAGGGCAGAAAGAACAUUAGCCCACAGUAGCCUACCGAAAGGUGCGGUGCGCCACGCCCAACUUUGAUCAAGAAUAACGUUGCGCAGGUGAAUGAACCACUGAGCGGUUCGGCGGAGACACUAGACCGAUAGAGGAGCGGAAACAAUGGAUAAUGAAAAGUAUUUACAUGAUCACUAAAAUGUAUGUCGUUUACCCUGUGUAGAAUUAAUAGCCUAUGGAUAUUUGGCGUCCAAAACUAUUUCCAACCAGUGUCAACAAAAAGUAUCAACUAGGCUACAUUGCACCAAAAAAGGAGAGGGUAGGCUAUGGAUCAGCUAGAUGGCGCAUGGCUGGAUCCAAGUGCCCCUUUACCGGAUGAGAUGCGGGUUUCAGUCCGGAAUGCGACGGCGGAGGCACGGCUCAACUUGUCACCCCGAACUAAACUGAUUCUGGAGGUCCUGAUGGUGUUGAUGUGUCUCGGCGCAGUCACAGGUAACAUCCUGGUGAUUGUGAUAGUGGCAGCCACCAAGACCUUCCACUGCGUGACAUCAGUGCUCAUUAUGAACCUGGCCAUCAGUGACCUGUUGGUCGGGGUUGGGGUCAUGCCCUUCAUAGCGCUCUCCAUCAUGAACAACGGAUGGGUCGACUGUACUGACCUGUGUCUGUAUGUGGGGUACACCUCCUCAGUCUACUGUACGGCCUCAGUCCUGACCCUGGCAGCCAUCGCCCUGGACCGCUACCACUCUAUCAUGGACUGCCUGCGCUACAGUUCCCACUGCACCCUGUGGAGGAAGUGUGCUGUGGUACUGUGGAUCUGGCUCCAAGCCCUGGUGACCAGCUGUCCUCCUCUGCUGGGCUGGAGCACUGUGUCCUACGUGGCUCCCAUGUACAGCUGUGCGGUGAACUGGAAGAGCAGUCCCAGCUACACGUCCUUCAUGGCUGCCCUGUCCUUCCUCAUACCUGCUGCAGUCAUCCUCUUCUGUUACGUCAUCAUUGUCCGUGUAGCGCGGAGCCAUGCCAGGAGGAUCCACAACCUAGAGGACCAGCUCCAGAGAAACAGUGGGAUGUCGAGCUCCUCCUUUCCGACCAAGAGUACGUCUGAGCGGACUAGUCCGAGGUGUCUGGGUGCCCAUGGUCCUUCCACCGCCAGGCUGGUGUAUCAUCUGAGUGGGCGGUUUGUAUCGGAGACCCAUGGAGAGGUUGGGGACGGGGUUCCUUCAGGGUCAGACCCUACUGCUGAAGCUCCACAGACCUCCAGCCACCCAGGCUCUACCUCCAGCUCCAAUGCUGCAUCCCGGAGACCCUUCGCCUUCCUGACCCAACACGCCCCCCAUGGCCACUCCCAUUCGCCCCACCAGAACUCCAACUCCCAUCACCUCCAUCACCACGGGGUUGUACGUCUCUUCCUGGUUAUCUCUGCCUUCUUCCUGUGUUGGACUCCAUAUAUAGGCGUCGCGCUAGUCCAGGCCACGGAGACCGCCCUAUCGUGUCAGUCCUCCUUAGUCCCGCCCUCUGCCGUCACCUUCUCUUAUUGGCUGGUUCUGUUGAACUCAGACAUCAAUCCUCUGCUGUAUGCUCUGCUCAGUCAGCGGUUCCAGGGGGCUCUGCGGUGCCUGAAGCAGAAGAUCAGGGCGCGCCUGGGGGGGAACGUGUGUCCCCACCCCCAUCCUGGCCUAGUAUGUCCUGGACCUGGGUCUGACAUCCACAACCCACUUGCAGGAGACGGGCUGAGACGGGCCUACUGCUCUUCGGUCUUCACGGUCGACUCCAACUUUGCGGACAGCUCCAGGGAGCGUGUGUGUGGUGUGUUCCGCCCCGGUAGCACCACCUCUUUCUCCACCUCCUCUGGAUACUCCUCCUCCUGCUCCCUGUGGCAGGACUCAGUAGGAGGAGGUGGGGAGAGGAGUUCAAACAGAAGGUUGGAGUGCCUGCAGGUCCCCACCAGGACACCAGAGGGCAGCAGCCUGCCGUUCUCUGCAGCCACCACAGACAGACAGGCAACCUUCUUCUAUGGACAGAUCACAUUGAGGUGGGCGUCAACCCUGGAACCAGCAGGAGCUCUGGAUCUGAGGGUGUCAGCCCUGGAACCAGCAGGAGCUCUGGAUCUGAGGGUGUCAGCCCUGGAACCAGCAGGAGCUCUGGAUCUGAGGGUGUCAGCCCUGGAAUCAGCAGGAGCUCUGGAUCUGAGGGUGUCAACCCUGGAACCAGCAGGAGCUCUGGAUCUGAGGGUGUCAACCCUGGAACCAGCAGGAGCUCUGGAUCUGAGGGUGUCAGCCCUGGAACCUGCAGGAGCUCUGGAUCUGAGGGUGUCAACCCUGGAACCAGCAGGAGCUCUGGAUCUGAGGGUGUCAGCCUUGGAACCAGCAGGAGCUCUGGAUCUGAGGGUGUCAGCCCUGGAACCAGCAGGAGCUCUGGAUCUGAGGGUGUCAGCCCUGGAACCAGCAGGAGCUCUAGAUCUGACCUAA